ACAGCGCGUCUAUUUUCGUUCGCUGAUAGGCGGCCGACAUCUUGUUUGUUCCUUACCGCAACUUUGACAUCAAACUAGAAAUGCCAAUGAACGCAGUCGGAUGGACAACAGAAGAAGACGAAAAAUUAAUUGAUCUAGUUAAACCACACGCUCAUUUGUACAACGUAAAAGACCCCUCCAGGAAGAAUAUACUAGCAAGGGAAACAACAUGGCAAGAAAUAGCGAAACAGAUAUCCAGACCAGUUGAAGAAUGCAGGAAGAGAUGGAGAGGUCUCCGUGAUAGUUAUACAAGAAGUAAACGUCUCGGUAGUAUGCCAGGUUACACCAAAUUAGUUGUCUACAAAAAGCUGAAUUUCCUUGAUGACAUCUUGGUUGAUAGCACCGAAGACAUGGAGGCAGAAGAAAGUAAUCAGAUUAAUGAACAAAAACCAAAAACAGAACAAGAGGUUAUAACAGAUAAUCAAGAGUAUUAUGAGAUCAGACUAGUUGACAAUGCAGAUAUUGAGAGCAAGUUCAUCAAAAUAUUACCCAAACAAAUAGAAAACAGUAACAAACAACCCAAGAAAAUAGGAAAAAAGAACUGUGGUCGUAAGAAAACAGUACCGAUGCCAAGAGACAUGCCACCAGUGAAAAUAUUACCGAAACCACUACUUGUAAAUGGACCAAAGAUCGUACAAUACAUAGAAGAUCAGAAUCAAAUACCAGUUGCAUCUAGAACACAGACCAUCGAUAAACUCAUAGAAAGAAUUCUUAAGGAGAAUACCAAUGAAAUUGAUGUGUUCUUUAGAAGCAUGGCAUCUAGUGUCAAGAAAUUACAACCAAAUUUAAUACCUAAAGUCAAAAUGGAAGUUUGCAAUGUGAUUGCCAAAUAUGAGAUGCAGAGUUUCGACAAAAGUAAUCUUAACAAUUGAUUCACAUGUUGGACUUUGGAAUGUUAUGUGGAUGGAAUUAUUUAUUUAAUGAUUGCUUUAAUUUCUGUUGUAAUUGAUUAGUGAGCAACAAAUAGAUAUGUUUGAAAUAAGUAAUAUUAAUAAAUUCGAAAAAAUAUAAUAAAUAAAAAAAAAAGUUUGUACAUACAGCAUAAACAAGUGUAUUACAAACUUUGUUAGAUCACUGUUACUUUUUAUAUUGUGGUAAUUGCCUUUGUGGGCAAUAAAAAUUGUAUUUGAGCGAACAUUUUAGCAUUUAAAAAUUAUAAAUUUACAAAAAAAUAUAUAUGUUUUCAUUGAUAUUGUUGU